AUGACGGCGCCGGCAGAACCACCCAGAUACGUUUACAAGAUAGUAGACACGGAGCCGCCGUUUCCCAUACCGGAUGUGUUCCCGCCGUCAGAGCUUGACAAGAAAGACGGCUUCAUCCACCUGAGCGCGCCGUGGCAGCUCCCCGUCACGGCAGACCUCUUCUUCAGCAGCAACACCACCCUUUGGGUACUCAAGGUCCGGCUGGCCAGCAUCGGAGGCGCUGUGAGGUGGGAGCCUCCGGCCGGCGGCGGCAGCAGCAGCGAGGGGUACCCGCACCUGUACGGCAGCCUUGGACGGGCGGACGUCGAGUCGGUAGAGAGGUUCAAAAGGACCGCUGACGAGAGGGGCGUGUUCCAGAGGAGGUGGAAGGACGUCUUCUCCGAUUCAAGAUGGAGGGCUUGGGAGGAAGGGAAGGGCAUGGCGGUGGAGGAAUAG